AUGCUCGUCCUACCUCUUGCACUUCUCACUCUGACAGUAUACGCUCUGUGCCGACUAGUCCAGCAGCGCAGGAUGUUCAGAAAUCUCCCCGGUCCGCCACAUCACGCUAUCUGGGGACACUUCUUGGUUAUGCGCGACAUCGCAAGCAGUCUACCACCUGAUGCGACACCACAGCUAUUCGCUCAUUUAAUGCGCGAGCGCUACGGCCUGGGUGAUUUCUUCUAUCUUGAUCUGUGGCCUCUCGCGCCGCCACAGCUUGUCAUUGUCCAGCCGGAGCUGGCGAUGCAAGUUGUGCAGAAGAUGAAUCUUCCUAAGGAGUCUGUGGUUAUGAGAAAGUGGACGGGUCAUAUCCUGGGUGAGAAGUCGAUGGUUACGGCGAAUGGACAUGACUGGUUGGUUGCGAGGAAGUCGUUUACGCCCGGAUUUCAGCCGAGGAAGGUCUUGCAGCAUGUUCCGGGCAUUGUGGAUGAUGUAUUGGAUUUCUGCGAUGUUCUUAGGGAUCAUGCUGUGAAACAGGAUGUUUUUGGGAUGGAAAACGUGUGUGCAAGGAUGAUCUUCAAUAUCUCCGCUAGGGCUAUUUUGGGAAUCAAGUGCAAUGCACAACGAAAUGAAGACGAGUUCCUCGAACUUUUUCGAGCACAAGCAUCCCUCGCUCCUCAAGACUUCUGGUCACGAUACCUAUACGAUAUCAGCCCCCGUCGCCACUAUCAGAAAUGGAAGAACGGCCGCGCCCUCGACCGCUACGUCGGCCGUCUCGUCGAUGACAGAAUUAUCAACAGUCCCAUCGAAAAGAACAUGAACUACGCCAUCGACGACGCCAUCUCCUUCAACAACCGCAACAGAAAUAUGGGCACCGAAACGCGCGACAUGCUCAUUGCAUCCGUCAAGACCUUGAUUUUCGCCGGUCACGACACCUCCGCCAGCACACUUUGCUACACAUACGCAGCACUCAGCAAACAUCCUCAUAUCCUCCAGCGCGUCCGCGAAGAACACGAUAUUCUCUUCGGUUCUGACCCUGCCACGGCGGCAUCUACCCUCCGCGAACACCCCCACCUAACCAACAACUUGCACUACACCCUCGCUGUUAUCAAAGAAGCCCUCCGCCUCUGGCCACCCACAGGCGUAAGCCUCCGCGCCGGCCAACCAACCCAAACUCUGAAAACCCCCGACGGCACCCAAUGGCCUACCUACCCCUUCGCAGUCCUGGUAAACAACUGCGCCACAAUGCGCCGCGAGGACCUCUUCAAAGACGCGGAGCGGUUCUAUCCCGAACGACAUCUUGUCAUGGACCCGCAGGAUCCGUAUUUCGUGCCGAAAGACGCGUGGAGACCGUUUGAGAAGGGACCGCGGGCUUGUUUGGGACAGAGUCUGGCGCUUCUGCAGUUGAAGAUCAUUCUGAUAUUGACGUUGAGGACAUUUGAUUUUGAGACGGUCUAUGAGGAUGGGUCAUUUAUGUACCAGGUGUUGGAUGUUACGGCGAAGCCGUCGCAGGGGUUGCCGACGAGGGUUAGUUUGAGGUGA